AUGAGCCAGCAACCGGAAUUGCUUCCCAGGCCUGACGGCGGCACUCUUGCUGCCUCAUCGCCCUCCCCGCCCAUCGUCGAGCUCGCCCGCUUUCUCGCCCACCUCCUCACCAUCUCCUAUCGCUUCCUCUCCCAAACCACCCUCGCGCUCGCGCUCUCUAUCUUUGCGCCUCUCACCGUCCUCUACAGCCCUGUCUCCUACGUCCUCGCGCCCAUCUUCGUCUUCCUCCGCGUCCUCCUCAGCCUGCUCGUCCUCACGCCCUACGCCAUCGCCACCUCCCUCGCCCAGAAUGCGUACCCGAUCUACGUCUUCGUCGGGGCUGCACUCCUCUGCGCGCUGUGCGUCGGCAUCCUCGCGCGCGCGAUCUCCUCCGGGAUCCAGCGCGCGCUCUUUGCGCCCUCGCACCCUAGAUCGCGCGCGCGCGUAGCGGGGAACCCGUCCCCGCCCCCGGCCGUCCCCAAAUCGGAGAAGAGCUCGCUGCGGACCUCCGCAUCGAAGCCGCGCGUGAAGAAGCGUGUGUCCAUCAGGGAGGAGCGGGGUGGAUAG